AUGAAGUUCGCUGCUGCUCUUCUGGUCUUGGCCACCUCGGCCCUGGCUAACAACAUCCGGCGGGGAGGAGAUGAGUACGAGAGCCCAGACUAUGAGAGCGGAAAAGACUACGAGACUGGCGAGAACGAGUACGGACAAGACGAAGGAUACGGAGAGAAGGGCGGCUAUAAGCACGAGGUUAAGGAGGUCGCCGUGACCUACACCACUACAACCGUCUGCCCUAUCACCUAUACUCAUUACAAGGAGGGAACCACCUACUGUGAGACCAAGCUCAUAACCUCAACACUCGUUGUUGCUGAGACCAAGACUGUCGAUGUCACAGUCAAGGAGCCUGAUGUCACCAAGCACUACACUGAUGUCGACUACGUUACCAGAACAACAGUGUGCCCUGUGACCCAGACCAAGACUGUUGCUGGAGAGGUCAUUACCGAGGUCUACACGACCACCAGCGUCAUCUACGACGUUGUCAAGUCUACCGACUAUGAGCACGUUAAGCAGCCCGAUGUGACAAAGCAUGAGACCGAUGUCAUUUAUAAGACACGAACUACUGUCUGCCCUGUGACAGUUACUAAGACCAUCGCCGGUGAGGUUGUCACUCAGACAUAUACAACUACCAGCGUCAUCGAGGAGGUCGUCAAGUCUACCGACUAUGAGCACGUUAAGCAGCCCGAUGUGACCAAGCAUGAGACCGAUGUCGUUUACAGGACACGAACUACUGUCUGCCCUGUGACAGUUACUAAGACCAUCGCCGGUGAGGUUGUCACUCAGACAUACACGACUACCAGCGUCAUCGAGGAGGUCGUCAAGUCUACCGACUAUGAGCACGUUAAGCAGCCCGAUGUGACCAAGCAUGAGACCGAUGUCGUUUAUAGGACACGAACUACUGUCUGCCCUGUGACAGUUACUAAGACCAUCGCCGGUGAGGUUGUCACUCAGACAUACACGACUACCAGCGUCAUCGAGGAGGUCGUCAAGUCUACUGACUACGAGCAUGUCAAGCAGCCCGACGUAACUAAGCAUGAGACCGAUGUUGUUUACAGGACACGAACUACUGUUUGCCCUGUGACAGUCACUAAGACCAUCGCUGGUGAGGUUGUCACUCAGACAUACACAACCACCAGCGUCAUCGAGGAGGUCGUCAAGUCGACUGACUACGAGCACGUUAAGCAGCCCGAUGUGACCAAGUUCGAGACCGAUGUUAUCUACCACACCAAGACCAAUGUCUACCCAGUCACCGUCACCAACACUAUUGCCGGCGAGGUCAUCACCAAGGUCUACACCUCUACUGAGUACGUUGUUGAGAAGGUCCACACCACCGUAUACGACCAGGUCAAGAAGCCCGAUGUUACCAAGCACGAGACAGAUGUUGUCUACCACACCAAGUACGAGGUUUAUCCCGUCACUGUCACCAAGACCGUUGAGGGUGAGGUUAUCACCAACGUUAUCACUUCCACUUCUGUCAUCGUCGAAAAGGUUGCCACUACCGUGCCCGUUGUCGAGACCAUCGUCAAGACCAUUGGCAAGGGCGAGGUCGUCACCCAGUACUCCAAGGUUUACCACACCGUAGGUGGCGGUACCGUCUACGAGACUGUCGCUCCUCAGCCCACCACUGUCCAGGCUCCCGAGACCGAGGUCGUCACCCAGCCUGAGGUCACCGUCCCUGCCACUCCCACCAUCGCCCCUAAACCCGUUGCUACUGGCGCUGCCACCGCCAAAAAGGCUCCCGUCUUUGCCUUCAUGGCUGGUAUCCUCGGUGCCGUCGCUCUCAUCUAA